AACGUGCACGCUCGUUGGACUUGAGGCUGACUAGACCGAUUGAGAGACGGAUCGACGGAUCAUUCCCACGCCAGACAGUGAUCACCACCCUCAAUCCCAAAGCCAGCCUUUAUCGCUUCAUUCCUGGGUUGGAACCACGGCCAUUGGUCCGCAUCGCCCCCGAGUCCAUCAUGACGGAUCAGCAAUUGGAUUGUGCCUUGGACUUGAUGCGCCGUUUGCCGCCGCAACAAAUCGAGAAGAACUUGAGUGAAUUGAUCGAUUUGGUGCCGGAUCUGUGCGAGGAUCUUCUCUCGUCGGUGGAUCAGCCAUUGAAAAUCGCUCGGGAUCAGAAAUCGGGCAAAGAUUACCUCCUGUGCGACUACAAUCGCGAUGGGGACAGUUAUCGCUCGCCCUGGAGCAACACGUAUUCGCCACCCUUGGAAGACGGGGCCAUGCCUUCCGAGAGCCUUCGACAACUGGAAAUCGAUGCCAAUGCCGCCUUUGAUCAGUACCGUGACAUGUAUUUUGAGGGGGGCGUGUCUUCCGUCUACUUGUGGGAUUUGGAUAGCGGUUUCGCGGGCGUGAUUUUAAUCAAGAAAGCUGGCGAUGGUUCGAAAAAGAUCAAGGGUUGAUGGGAUUCCAUUCACGUAGUGGAAGUGCAAGAGAAGUCAUCUGGUCGUUCAGCUCACUACAAACUCACCUCUACCUCCAUGCUUUGGCUUCAAACCAAUAAAGUAGGCUCCGGUACCAUGAACAUGGGCGGAUCCCUCACUCGACAGGUUGAGCAAGAUGCCUCUGUGAGUGAAUCAUCCCCACACAUUGCCAACAUUGGCAAGGUCGAAGAUAUGGAGAACAAAAUCAGAAACACUCUUAACGAGAUCUACUUUAGCAAGACCCGUGAUAUCGUGAAUGGAUUGCGAUCGGUCCAACCUUUAGCCGAGGGCAAACUGCAAGAAGACCUCCAAAAAGAUCUCAUAUCUGCGUUGGCCAAGAAGAACGCCGGCAAAGGCGACCAAAAAACCUUCUACUCCUGUGGACAAACAAGCAACACACCCACACAAAUGAAAGAGAAAUGGCUGGUCGUCUUCCACUGCUUUGAAUGAAUCAUUAUACCCAAUAAGCUCUGGAACUGAUUUGUGACAGGCGGAUUUCACCUCCAAGUGAAACUGUGGGAGGUCAUCGGAAAAUGACGCCUUGAGAAGAGAGGCCAUCAUUCUACCAACUUAACAACCCCAUCAUCUUCUUCUUCUACUAUUACUACGAGAACUACAACCAAAUGAAAUGUAUUUAUCUUUUGUAUCUCUGUCGCUUAUAGCUUGAUAACUUGUUAAAUAUAACGAAUUGAUUCUUGA